GCCGCCGCCGCCGCCGCCGCCGCCUCCUCCUUCUCCUCGGGUCCCUGCCGGACAGGAGGCAGCGAGCCCCUCCAAGGCCCCGCCGCAGCGGCAGCAGCAGCAGCAGCAGCAGCCGGUCCCGGGGUCGCGGGCUCCCCUUCCCCGGCGCCCCGCGGGGAGAAGCCAAGCCGAGGCUUUUCGCCUGAACCGGCCCGGCCCCGUCCGACCCCAUCCGGCCCGACCGGACCGAGGUUUGUGCGGGCGCAGGAGGGCCGCCGUUCCCGGCCCGAAGAUGACCCUGGCCUAGGCCCGGGCCGGGGGCCGGGGGCCGGGGGCCGGGGGCCGGGGGCCACGGGCCCGUUAUUUCUCCGUCCAGCCGACCAUGACCACCCCCGCGCUGCUGCCCCUGUCCGGCCGCAGAAUCCCCGCCCUGAGCCUGGGGCCGCCCGCCUUCCCCCAUCACAGGGCCACCCUGAGGCUCUCCGAGAAGUUCAUCCUGCUCCUCAUCCUCAGUGCCUUCAUCACCCUGUGUUUUGGGGCCUUUUUCUUCCUCCCCGACUCUUCCAAGCACAGACGCUUCGACCUGGGCUUAGAGGACGUGUUGAUUCCCCACGUGGAUGCCGGCAAAGGGGGCAAAAACUCGGCGGGCUUCCUCAUCCACGGGCCGGGACACGACGAGCAGAGGCACAGGGAAGAAGAGGAACGACUGAGAAAUAAGAUCCGAGCUGAUCAUGAGCGAGCUCUAGAGGAGGCAAAAGAAAAACUGAAAAAGACUCGAGAGGAAAUCCGAGCCGAGAUUCAGACGGAAAAAAACAAGUUAGCCCAAGAAAUGAAGAAGAAAGAGAACCAGCCCCUCCCCGCUGUCCCUGUCCCCAAGCUGGUAGGAAUCGAUGGGGGAGAUCCAACCGACGCCGACACUCGGGAGAAAAGAGAGAAAAUCAAAGAGAUGAUGAAACAUGCCUGGGACAACUACAGGCAGUUCGGAUGGGGACAUAAUGAACUCAAACCCAUCGCUAGGAAGGGGCAUUCCACCAACAUAUUUGGAAGCUCACAGAUGGGAGCUACUAUAGUGGAUGCCUUGGACACCCUGUAUAUCAUGGGACUGCGGGAUGAGUUUCGGGAAGGGCAAGACUGGAUCGACCACAACCUGGACUUCAGCGUGAAUUCCGAGGUGUCCGUGUUUGAGGUCAAUAUCCGCUUCAUCGGAGGCCUCCUUGCCGCCUACUACCUGUCUGGACAGGAGGUAUUCAAGAUCAAAGCCGUGCAACUGGCAGGAAAGCUCCUUCCUGCCUUUAACACCCCUACCGGCAUUCCUUGGGCCAUGGUGAACCUGAAAAGCGGAGUAGGUCGAAACUGGGGCUGGGCAUCUGCGGGGAGCAGCAUCCUGGCCGAGUUUGGCACCCUCCAUAUGGAAUUUGUCCACCUCACCUACUUGACAGGCGACCCUGUGUACUACAACAAGGUCUUGCACAUACGGAAACUGCUCCAGAAAAUGGACAGACCCAAUGGACUAUAUCCCAACUACCUGAACCCAAGAACGGGGCGCUGGGGCCAGCAUCACACGUCAGUAGGGGGGCUGGGAGACAGCUUUUAUGAAUACCUACUGAAAGCUUGGCUGAUGUCAGAUAAAACAGACACUGAAGCAAGGAAGAUGUAUGACGACGCUAUUGAGGCAAUAGAGAGACACCUUAUAAGGAAGUCGAAUGGCGGCCUCACCUUCAUUGGAGAAUGGAAGAAUGGCCACUUGGAAAGGAAAAUGGGUCACCUGACGUGCUUUGCAGGAGGAAUGUUUGCCCUGGGAGCAGAUGGUUCCAGGGAAGAUAAAGCUGGACAUUACUUGCAGCUGGGAGCCGAGAUUGCACACACGUGUCACGAGUCAUAUGACAGGACAGUGUUAAAGCUGGGUCCAGAAGCGUUCAAAUUCGACGGCGGCGCGGAGGCUGUGGCCGUCCGGCAGAAUGAGAAGUAUUACAUCCUGCGCCCAGAAGUGAUCGAAACCUACUGGUACAUGUGGAGGUUUACACACGACCCCAAGUACAGGCAGUGGGGCUGGGAAGCUGCUCAGGCUAUUGAGAAGUCCUGCCGAGUGAGCAGUGGGUUUUCUGGGGUCAAGGAUGUGUACUCUUCCACCCCGGCGUAUGAUGACGUCCAGCAGAGCUUCUUCCUGGCAGAAACACUGAAGUAUUUGUACCUGCUCUUUUCCAGUGACGACCUUUUACCUUUGGACCACUGGGUGUUCAACACGGAAGCCCACCCGCUCCCGGUGCUACACCUGGCCAACACCACUCUUUCAGGGAACCAGGCCUAUCGGUAAAAGCGGCUCCAGGCAGACGGAGGGGGCGCUGUGCUCCCCUGGGUUUUGUUUACAUGGACCCUUCUGUGGCUGGGCCGGAGAGGGAGACGUUUGAGACCCCAGGCCCCUGGAGUCGGGACGGCAGGGAGCGAAACGACCGCUCCCCUCGGCGCUCUUCAACCUGUAGAUAAAUGAACUUUGCAACGAUUCCAUUUUAUAUCCGACCAAAACGUGCCCCUGAACAACCAUGGGGCACGGCCACGGGGGCUCCGAGUCCAGCGCAGGGGACCUGGCAGCUGUUUCGGGUUCAGCCUGGGCUCUCGGGCCGGGCGUUGGGGAAGAGGAGCCCCACGCUGCGGAGAUGUGCGGGCCAGGACCCCACGGCCCACCCCGCCCCCGCCGUCACCUUCAGGCCCAGGCAGCACCGCCGUCUCCCUCACUUCUGCCUGGGGGUUCGCCGCCACCGGCUCAGAGCCAGAUGCCAUUUUGCCAGUCUCACCUGUUCCGGUAAACCCUUGGGUAGAAUCUGGUUUUCUCCAGGGCUGAGUGCCAGCGGGAGAAUAUUCCCUCCACAGAGAAUCUUCAGAACUGCAGUAUUGACGGCAUCCCCUCCUUCCUGGAAGGCCCCCUCGAAGCCAGCCAGAAAGGGAGCCGUGACCAUUUGCGAGACUCUGAGCCCCACCACGCACACAGCCAACACCCCCAGUGGUGGAAGCCCCAGCAGGCAAAGCCUAUCUUCCUUGACCUUCACAGGAAAGUUCAGUACAGAAUCCCUCUGCUUGUCCUGGGUGCUUUUUCUGUUGGUCAGUCAGCCAUUCAUGGCUGUGAUUGCCUCUGUAACUCAGCAGAGAACGAGAGACCCCAACCGCCUCCAAUCAUUUUUUUCUAAACCAAUUCUCCGAGCUCAGAUGAUGAUGAAGGGCUUCCCCAGAGCAAAGAACUUAAGGCUGAGAAGCCAAGUUCUGAAGGAAUGUUCAGUGCCCAAGUCAGGGCACUGGACCCCCUCUGGGCUGCCAAUGGGACCUUCCCUGUCUGUCUGAGAUCCUGAGUUGGCAUCCAUAGGGCCUCUCCCCAAACCCUCCCCGCCCGUCCCGAGAGCCUGAAUUGUGGGGUGACACAGUGGCCUCUUCGUUAUUUUUAAACUUGGACAAUUCUGAGUCUCUGGGUCCCAAGCCAAUGCCCUACUUCGCACCCUUCGCUUCGCUCAGUGCCCCAAAGAGAGGGGUGGGGGAAUGACCGACGACUCUCACCUGAUGUUGCCGGGCUUGAGAGGUUACACUGCCUCCAGGAGUCAGUCACAAGUCCUUUUUCCCACUCCCUCCUCCCUGAGAUCUCCUUCCUUCAUCUCCCUCCCCUCUCCUUUCCCCCACUGCCUCCCCUCACAUCUCCUGGGGAUUUUGUGGGAGGCUCUUGAUCUUGAUAAUGUUUUUCUCUUUAAUCUUGGAGAAUUCUAAUGAAUUUGGGGAAAUGGGUUUUAGGUAAAGGUGUUUUUCAGGUUGCACCUCCAAGAGGGAAUGGGAACAAUCUUUCUGGUGUUGGAUACCAGGACUCUAAUGGCAUGCCUGCCAACAGGGGCUCGAUCCUGCUCUGGCAUCCAACCUGGGGAGGACUUUGAGGGCUGCUGGCGUCCUGGUGCCAACACCCCAGCCAGAAGGCCCCAACCCGGUCCUCAUCGCCCCAGCCAGAACCCCCAGCCUGGCCCGGCCCGGCUCACCUUUCCCCACUCCAGCUGGAAUCCUGACCCAGCAAUCUUCAUCCUUGACAUGGCACUCAUCACCUCAUCCAGAAUCCCGGCCCAGCACUCACUGCCCUGGCCAGAACCCCUGGCACUCAUCAUCCCUGAACCUGGUGCUUGUUGCCCCAGCCAGAAUCCCGGCAGGGCACUCACUACCCUGGCCAGAAUUGCAGCCCGGCACUCGCUGCCCCUGAUGUGGCACUCAUCCCCCGAGCCGGGUCCCCCGGCCUGGCACUCAUUGCUCCAGCCAGAAUCCCAGCCCAGCACUCACCGCCCCUCACAGGGUACUCAUCUCCCCAGCCAGGACCCCCAGCUUGGCACUCGCCACUCCAGCCAGAGUCCUGGCCUGGCACUCUCUGGCCCAGCCAGAAUCCUGGCCCAUCCCUCUCUGCCCAUCUUCCCAGCUGUGGGGCCAAGCAGCUUUGGGGUUCCCGACAGCCUCGGCUUUUCUUGGCUCCGGGCGAGGGCUCGCCAAAUUGAUUACGCUUUCUGAACCAUCAGCAAUCCUUCUCUUCCGGAUGCCCACCCCGCUCCCGGUCCCCUCCUCCAGUCCCUGACCCGGGUCCACUCGCAGACUUUGCAGAAGUUACCCUGGUGGGGUUCGUAAAGCACAGGACUCAUGUGGCGCAGUUCCGGGAUGAUGGGCCCGGGGCUGCCCAGUUUUCUCCCAGUCCUUUGGCAUAGGUGAGCGGGGGGCAUUUGUUGGAGUGAUGCUGCCUCUUCCCAGGUUUGUGCAGUGUGAAAGACUGCCUAGGAAACACCGAUCUCCACUCCCCGCCCGCCUGCGGGUGGCACUUCAGAGGGAAAAGAGGAAACAGCUUUAGGACCCCUUGUCAACCAUUCGCUCCAUGCCAAUGGUCCUCCCUGAAUUAGGGCUCCCCCUGAUUGCUACGGUUUGGAGCCCAGGCAUUAAAGCACUGGAAAAUCAUCAAAAAAAACCACAUUGGGGGUAUUCAGUAAUUUUGAUUCAAAUAAUGAUUUUGUCAAGACAACAGAGCCUGGGGAUUAUCUCUUUUGCUGUCCAUUCCCUUUCCACUUGGAAGUUGAUGAUCCAAGGAAGUGCUCAGGAUUUGCCUUUGGAAACAGCUUCCCUACCCCGUGGUCCUCCGACACUGGAGCAGGCUUUUAGCCGUUGGAUCCCCCGUUACUUUGAUUCCUACAAUUCUUUGUUGAUAGAGACAGAAUGGAGGCAGAGGAGGGGCAGUGUCCCAACAGGGAGCCAGCCUCUGGCCAGGCACCAGUGAGGAGAUUACACCAAGGGCAGGCAUCCUGAUGGAGGAGAGUCAAAGAAGGAGCUCCAUUUGGCAGAAUCUCUUGCCAGUUUUGGGUGGGAUUGGCUACUGGCGGAACAUCCCCGCGUUUAGGCUCAAGCCAGGUAGCCAGGUGAUUUGAACCUUCUGCAAGCAGAUAUACUGUACUGCCUUUUUCCAUUUCUUUCUUUCCGGCAUUUUUUUUUUGGUGUAGGAAUACUGUGGUUCCAAAUAAAAACUUGAAAAAAACCCCCA